GCACUAAACGUCAUCCGCGCGACGCAGGCCACGCGACAGCUGUUAUGAUUGCAUACCUCCACAUGACAGGUUUUAUUGAUCUUUUUUGACGUUUCUCGCGUUUCCUUACGAGUUGUAUGUUGUGCGGAGGUUGAGUUUGUGACGCGGGCUCAUAAUGCAGAAUGAAUGAUCAUUCGGUGGAGCAGGAGAACGAGCUCGAGGCGCUUUCAUCGAUAUUUGGAGAAGAUUUCACAGACGUCAGAUCACAGCACCCCUGGAAGGUCAGAAGUCCUCCGGAGAUGCACCUUCACCUGCGUCCUAAAGCUCUGAGUCAUGGACAGACCAGUUUUGUUUCUGUGGACCUGCAGGUCAAAUGUCCACCUACAUAUCCUGAUGUACCACCAGAGUUGGAGCUGAAGAACGCUAUAGGUCUCUCGUACGACAAACAGCAGAACCUGCAGCUGGAGCUGAAUAAACUGGCCGAAGAGCGAUGCGGAGAGGUGAUGAUCUACGAGCUGGCAGAUUUCGUUCAGUGUUUUCUGACGGAGCACAACGUUCCUCCUUCGAGCUCCUUCCACGAGGAGAUGCUGAAGAACCAGCGGCGCUUACAGGAGCGCUUGGCCCUGGAGGAGCAACAGAAGAUGGACCAGCGCCGGAGACAAGAAGAACAGACGCAAAACGAGAUUCUCGCGGAAAUCCAAAGGCGAGAGGAAGAGAAACGAGAGGAGAAGAAGAAGAAGGAGAUGGCCAAGCUGGAGCGUAUGGAGACCACAAGUCAGCCUGUUUUAGAAAGACAAACAUCAUCCUCACCUGCAGAUCCUUCCGAUGUCAAGAAAAUGCUUGCAAACCGACGGCUGACCACGUCCAGCAGUAGACACAGACGUGACACAUUCAACGAGGAGAAUGCACGGCAGACCGAUGUUCUGCACUUCAGUAAUAGCUCUUUUGGGGAAGUGAUGGUUCACAGAGGGAAGUGCAUCGGUGAGAGCGAGCGUCUGGGCCGCAGCUUGUAUUACGCUUUCAAUUCCACAUCUGGAGAUUUCGCCGUUAUGUACGAGUGGAUCCUUCGCUGGAACAAGACCAUCGGCAAAUUCUUCACCAGCCAGGAGAAAGAGAAGAUAGACAAGUGUAAAAAACAGAUUCAUGGUGCGGAGAGUGAACUCAACUCCCUGCUGAAGUUACAUCACCCCAAUCUGGUGCACUAUCAAGGGCUCAGCUGCAUCGAGCGGGACGACUGUCUCAUGGUUGAUCUCCUGGCAGAACACGUUCCCGGAUCCAGUCUGGCCCAGAACGUUUCCAGUAACGUUCCGAUGCCCAUCGAUCAACUGCGUCAUCACGCCAUCCAGCUGGUCAGCGCUCUGGACUUCCUGCACAGUAACUCAGUGGUCCACAAACAGCUGAACGCUUCCUGCGUGCUUCUGGAUGCUCAUGGAGACGUGAGACUGUCGGACUACAGUCUGGCCAAACGUCUGUCUGACGUCUGUAAGGAAGACAUCUUCGAGCAGGGUCACGUACGCUUCUGCGAGGACGCGCUGCCCACGCGCCCGGGGAAGAAAGGUGAUGUCUGGAGCUUAGGGCUGAUGAUGCUGGCUCUGGCUCAGGGGCAAGAGGUGAAGGAAUAUCCUGUGAGCAUCCCGACGACUUUACCGGCAGAUCUGCAAGACUUUCUCAACAGGUGUGUGUGUCUGAAUGAUGCAGACCGCUGGCAGACUCAACAGCUACUGGACCAUUCCUUUCUACGUCCACCGUCACCCAAGAGUGCCCUGCCGUGUCCUGAGUCCAGCCCAGAGGACACGGGUGUUGAUUUUGCCUCUACGGUUGUUCCUCACAGUCACCUCCUGAGCGCCCCCUUCAGUACGGAGGUGCAGAAUCGCUUCUCGCGUUAUUACAAUGAGUUCUCUGAACUUCAGCUGCUGGGGAAAGGCGCGUUUGGUGCCGUUAUUAAGGUUCAGAAUAAAUUAGACGGUUGUUACUAUGCUGUUAAACGGAUCCAGGUAAACCCGGCCAGCAAGCAGUUCCGGCGAAUCAAAGGCGAGGUAACCCUGCUCUCGCGACUCAACCACGAGAACAUCGUCCGUUACUAUAACGCCUGGAUAGAGCGGCACGAGAUGCCUGUGACCGGCGCGUCAAACAGCGACACCUCCGAGACGCAGAGCACCCCCGAACGACCCCACCGACCCGCGGCUCCGUCCAGAUGGAACGAGCUGGGCCUGGUGGACAACAUCGAGGACGACGCCCCGCCGCCGGCCCUCACCAGCUCGGUGGAGUGGAGCACGUCUCUGGAGAGAUCAUCCAGCGCUAAAUGCAGCGCUGCAGACUCCACCGAUGACGAAGAGGAUGACGAAGAGGCAGAUGUGUUCUGUCCCUCCUUCCUCCCGCCCGACAGCGACUCGGAGAGUGACAUCAUCUUUGAUACCGCUGAUGUCAGUCGAGACAGUUUCUCACAGGAGGAGCCCAUCAGCAGUAUAGCAGCGGUGACAUCAGAGAGUUUGGGAGAGAACGCUCUCCUGACGGCACAUUACCUGUAUAUACAGAUGGAAUACUGUGAAAAAAGCACUUUAAGAGACACGAUCGAUGAGGGUUUGUACCGGGACGUCAGUCGUCUCUGGAGACUCUUCAGGGAGAUUCUGGACGGUUUGGCGUAUAUUCACGAACAGGGAAUGAUACACAGAGACCUGAAGCCGGUCAACAUCUUCUUAGACUCUCAGGAUCACAUGAAGAUCGGAGACUUUGGCCUGGCGACAGACCACCCAGCUUAUGUGGCAGCUGGUAAACUGGAAGCAGAGGAAACCAAUUCAGGAUUUAUUCCCAAACCAGAUCCAACAGAUAAUAUGACCGGGAUGGUGGGAACGGCUCUUUAUGUGGGUCCAGAAGUUGAAGGAAGCACUAAAGCGACUUACAAUCAGAAAGUCGACUUGUUCAGUCUGGGAAUCAUCUUGUUCGAGAUGUCCUACAGACCCAUGAGCACGGCGUCCGAACGCAUCUGUGUGCUCAGUCAACUGAGGAAGGACUCCAUCAAUUUUCCUGAAGAUUUCUCUCAGUACGAGAGCGGAACGCAGAGGAAGGUGAUCAGCUGGCUGUUGAAUCACGACCCAGCGCUGCGGCCGACGGCCGUGGAGCUCCUGAAGAGCGAUCUGCUGCCUCCACCACAGAUGGAAGAGUCCGAACUUCACGAGGUCUUACAGCACACCAUGGCCAACGUCAACGGCAAAGCCUACCGCACCAUGGUCAACCAGCUGUUCUCUCAGAACAUCUCGCCCGUCAUGGACUUCACGUAUGACAGCGACGCACACAAGGGCUCCUUUCAUUUCACCAGCGCUAAACUGCAGCAGUACGUGUACGAGACGCUAACCAGAAUCUUCAGGAGACACGGUGCGGUGAGGAUACAGACGCCUCUGCUGUUGCCCAAGAACAGACGUCUGUAUGAUGGAUGCGAGACGGCGAGUUUUAUGGAUCACAGCGGGAUGUUGGUGUCUCUGCCGUAUGACCUGCGCUUGCCCUUCGCCAGAUUUGUGGCAAGAAACAACAUCUCGCAUCUUAAGAGGUACAGUAUCGAGCGAGUGUUCAGGACGCGGAAGCCGGACCGAACUCAUCCACGAGAACUUGUGGAGUGUGCGUUUGACAUCAUCACUCCCAUCAACAGCAGUCUUCUGCCGGACGCUGAGGCCAUCUACACCGUCUCUGAGAUCAUCUCUGAGUUCAACGCUCUACAGGACAGGAAUUACAUCAUCUACCUGAAUCACACCAGUCUGCUAAAGGCCGUUCUGUUGCACAGCGGAGUACCAGAAGACAAACUCACACAGGCCUCUAAUAUACUGUGUGAUGCUAUGAGUGAAAAACUGACGAAGCGAGAACUGGAAGCUAAAUUCUGUAACCUGUCUUUAGCCAAUAACAGUUUACAGAUGUUGUAUAAGUUCAUCGAGCAGAAGGGAGAUCUACAGGACAUCACGCCUCUCAUCGACUCUCUCGUCAAGCAGAAGAGCUCAGCUGUCGCUCAGAUGGCGAAACAAGCACUGAAAGAUCUGGAGGAAGUCAUAAACCUGAUCUAUCAACUGGGCGUCAAGCUGCAGGUGGUGGUGAAUCUCGGGCUGGUUUAUAAAGUUCAGCAUCACUCCGGCAUCAUCUUUCAGUUCGUGGCCUUCAUCAGGAAACGCAAGCGCACCGUACCUGAUAUACUGGCGGCGGGAGGACGUUACGAUCAUCUGAUCGUGGAGUUUCGAGGUCCGACAGCCGCCGGUCCCGUGCCGUCUGCCGUGGGUGCCAGCAUCGCUCUGGAUAAGAUCUGCUCUGCUGUGGCAAACAUGGAAGAAGCGCCUGUCGGGAGCUUCUGUGAUGUUCUGGUUGUUCCAGUAGGACAUUCCUCCAUGAGCAGAGCUACUAAAGUCAUUCAGAAACUCUGGACGGCUGGACUUUCAUCAGAUAUCGUCUAUGAUGUCUCACAGUCUCAGGAGAGUGUUCUGGAACACUGCAGGCUGGCCGGGAUCUCAUUCAUGGUCCUAGUGUCAGAUAAAGAAGGAAAUCACCUGAAGGUGAAGUCCUUUGAGAAAGACCGUCAGACGGAGAAGAGAAUCCCAGAAUCUGACCUGGUGGAUCACUUCAUCCAGAAGAGUCGCACCAAGCUCUCAGAGGACAGGAACAGGGAGAUCUCCGAGGGAGUUUCACUUCAGAACCCAAAGGCAUCACAACUGGGAAACUCAAGUCUGUCGGAGUCGCACGGGAGCAACGGCACAAUCAACGUCAACCUCGUCCCACCUGACAAAAUCUCAGCCAGUUCCCGCAGGAGGUACGAGACACAGAUACAGACGCGACUGCAGAACCUGGCGAUUCACUUACAGAACAAGAGCAACGACAUUGAAGUGUUGGCUGUCGACCUGGCCAAGGAAACGCUCAUCUACUUCCUGUCUCUGGAGUUCGACAGUGAGGAACAGUUUAACGUGAGCGUGAAAACACUGCUGUCCCGUCUGCCCAAACAGAGAUAUCUCAAAUCUAUCUGUGAACAGAUCCAUCACUUCAAAAUCUCCAAAAGGGUCUCUGUUGUGGUUCUUUACAGUUACAGGGACGAUUAUUACAAGAUUCUCCUUUAAUCUUUCACUGCCAAGACCAAACGCAACUCUUCCUGUAGAAAUGAAGGUGAUCAUGUGUCUUAAAGGUUUGCGGCGUCUGCAGACAGAGGGACUUUAUGCCAAAGCUGAUUCACAGAGGGUCCAGAAACAAUCCCAACAUAAAGAUCACGUCAUUUCCAACACAAAAUACUGUACAGUACUGAAUUUCAGUAAAUAAAAUAUUUUCCCUUA